AAGAUCAAUUAAAGUCAUUUAAAACCAAUACUGAAGCUGGCAAAACACAAGCUAGGACAGAUCAGCUAUUGAUGAAACAGAUUACUAGCUUACAUGCAAGAUUAAACUCAAGUGGCCCAGAGAAAGCCUUAGAAUCAAAGAAAGAUUGCUAA